AGCUUUGUAUGUGAUGGGCGUGGGGUGGCGGCCAGCGGAGAGCGGUGGUCAUCGCGGGUGUGUGUGGGCGUGGGUGUGGCUGCUGGCGUGGGCGGCCGUGUGGUUGGGGCGGGCUGAGGAAUGCGACAUGGGAGAACUUCGCUGCCAUGACACAAGCUGUGUCGCCGCCGACCAAUACUGCGACGGAGAGCCAGACUGCGCCAACAACGAGGACGAGCCCAAACACUGCUCGCGGAUGAAGCAGCUGACCCCAGCGUCUGCCCGUCCACAGAGUGCAACAGGAACUACUCCGGCAGCGUCGGCAAGACGUACGAGCUGCAGGUGCACUGGCCGCUGGAGACCAAGAAAACCCCAGUGUGCAACCUGACCUUGGUGGCUGCCGGCGGCUUACACGGGGACCUCAUCCAGCUGGCCUUCCACAAGUUCUCUCUGGGCAAGUUCAACUCCCACACGGACCGUGGGUGUCCUCACGGCCACAUGCAGAUCAUCGAGGACCAGAGGAAGUACAGGCCGGGGUUCUGGUGCGGAGACGGCGUCGGCCUGGAGAUGUACUAUUCAGAAACACCCUCCGUUUCCGUCAUCAUCACGCGGCUACCCAUAGACAAUGACCUCACUGCUCUUGACGCCUUCUCCAGCAUCUACGUGAAGAUGUCCUACAAGUUUCUUCGACGGGAGUCGGCUGUAGUGAGGUACGGGAAGCCGACGGAGCCCAAGUACCUGGGUCUGCGAGACAAGACGACAGUGUGCGACGCUCUCUUUACCGACUGUGCCCAGCGGCCGUGCUUCGUGCAGUCUCCAAACUUCCCCGGGAUGUAUCCGAGAAACACCACCUGUUACUACCGUCUCAGCCAGACGAGGUCGCCACCGGGCAAGAGGGCAGUCAUCGCUCUCAGUCAGGCGGACGGCCAUUUGGUACAUGUAAAGAGCCUGGUGCAGCCGCAUGACACCACUGAGCGACAUCUCAAGCUCUAUGGAGACUGCUACUACGUCGGAGACUAUGUGCGGGUAUACGAUGGCGACGCAACGACCUCACCCGUGUUGGUCACCUUCUGCCGCGGAGACGUCGUGCCCGAGAUCGUGUCCUCGGGUCCAAAUAUGCUUAUAGAGUUCACCACCUCUCCUUACGAUUAUCCUCAUCACGAAGCGCCUUGGACACAUGUGGCAGGGUUCGAACUGCGAGCCGAGGCGCGUUUCAUACCCGCGGCAGCUAUUGGUGAAGACUGUCGCGUGGAAAUCCGCAGCAGCGACAACAGCACUGGGUGGGUGGAGGGCGCUACACACAGUGUGCCUCCCAACACGACCUGCGUGUGGCAGUUUCUGGGCACGCACGGCCAGGUUGUGUGGAUCACCUUCGUGCACUAUUUAAGGCAGACGCAACUCGCCAAACUCCAAGCCAAGUUGUGUUCGACGCAGCUGACAAUCAGUGACGGAGACUGGCCAGGAGGGAAGGCCAUUGCUAGACAUUGUCACGACACAGAGCCGCGCACCUGCGACCGUGCCAGACGACUCCUCGACGACGCCAACGUUCGCCCCUGCGACUGGAAUGAAUCUUAUGUCUCCACUGGCAGGAACCUGAGCAUGUCUCAGUAUUUCGGAGAUGGAAGCAUUGUUACUAAAGUUUCAUUUAUGCUCAGGUACGAGUUCGUAGACCGUCGUCAGACAGGAGAGUGGGCGGGCGAUCCCUGCACGCGUGUCGUCAUGAGUGACGGCACCUCGCGCGGGAACAUCACCUUCACCGCCCCGCGGGAUGUGUUCCUGUAUGGUCGUGGGGGGCGGCCCUCCGUGUCCUGCUCGUGGCGCCUGCUGGGUGCUGCGGACCAGGUGGUGCGGCUCACCAUUAACAGCAUCCUCACUGGCUCGUCUACCUGCCGGACACAAGUGAACCGGCAGACGAAGGCACUGCGCUGUAUACCUGGUGGGGCCUCACACAUGUCUCUGUCUAUAUCUGAGUGGCCCUGGGCUGACGUGGAGCUGCCACUCGCCUGUGUCUGCUCCCACGACUCCAUACCCAUUACUCAGGUGUCUCAUGGGCCAGACCUCACCCUCAACCUCACCAUCAAGGGCAUGCUGCCCCACGAAGACUACAGACAUUACUCCUUCAAUGCCACAUACGAGUUCCUGAAAGCGCCCGGGUGUCUUGGGGCUACGCGGGUGCUCUCAGGGGCUGCCGGCGAGAUUGUGGCAGAUUCUUCUCCUUCUAACUCCAAAGGAAGCUGUGAAGGGUUUCCCUGGUUGCUGAAGACUCCGCCAAAACAUUCACUCUUCCUGACCUUGCCGCGCGCUAGCCUCGACAACGGCACCUGCGCCUCCGAUACUCGCUUGUUCUUCCAUGUUCCAGGAAGUGCUGAACCCGUGCUCGGGGUGUGCCCCGCUGCUGACCAAGCUGCGGCCAUUACCUUCUUCUGGCCACCUCCGGAGCCUCGAGUGAUGAGCCCACACACCCCUGAGGAACAGUCCAAUACCAGCGGUGCUUCCGACGUAAACGAUGCCGAAGACAAACCCACGAGCCGCGAAUUGGACUUUCGAGAGUCUGACGGUCGUGAGUCUUCGCUGGUAGUGGUGUGGGAGCCCCGGAGCGCCUCGAGUCUUCGGCUACGCUGGCUAACCACCUGGAAACCGGCUGAUGCUGAGAGGACGGAUGACGGAAUAGGGACGCCCCUCACGGGUGGCUUGGGAGGGUGGCGGGACGAGCCCCCAGACCCACCCUGCAAGGAGCUGUGCCCGGAGCUGAGCGCAUGCAUCCCCCCGGAACUCUGGUGUGACGGGCGCAAACACUGUCCGGAAGGUAGCGACGAGAUGGUGGCCAACUGCUUGCUAGAGCGAGUGCCGUGGCUCUAUCUUACCAUUGCGGUGCUGACACUCUUGACGCUGUUCUUCAUUACGGUGUCAGCCGUGCGGCGUCACCGCAACCAGAAGGCCAAGAAACGUCAGCAAGACGCUCGGAGGGUGUCGACCCAGGAGUCUAUCCUCCCCCCUAAGGAGAAAAGCUUAAGUGCCUAUGCUCUCGACUACACCGACAUGGACUUUGAAACUACCGUGUAAAGUGCUUACGUUAGGAGUUCAGUCUGGUAAACUGGCUAGCGUUAUUAUUUCUAUUUUGUUAUUCUUUCGCUAAGAAUUCAUAGUUUACUGUUGCACGCAGUAAACCGUUCCACUCUCGCUGUGACAAACGAAUAAUGUGUUCGCUCGUUCAUACUGAAGUCUUGGCCAAGCGCCAUUUAUUCUCUGGCUGAUAGCUGGACACAAAAGAUCUGAGAUUUUUUCCAUUCUCCUGGAUUUAAAGAUUUAUUCUUGUUAUAUAUCUCUUAGCCUUAAUUUUGCUGUUAAGUGUGAAAUUUCUUAGAUCUGUUUUGUUAACGUCCUGAUAUGUCCACAUGAAGUAUUUAAUCGUUCUUGGUUCUGUUGAUGAACUAACGCACCAACACUAACACUCCUUAUGAUAUUCCUGGGCAGCUUCUGAUACUUGGUGGUCAGGGUGUAGGGCGAGUCUCGUGCAGCUCUCUUACACAUAUACAGUCUACUGCUUUUUGUUACUUGUCACUAGGUGGAAAGGGAAUUAAGUGCACACACACCCCUCUGUUGCUGGUUGCCUUGUUAGUGCUACAGUUCAGAACUCUUCCCAGGCGACGGGAAGAGCACUUGGGAUCACAGUCUCCGUCGUACCUCUGGCAGGGAUUCAUUGAGACAAGAGGCUAAGGAGUCAGAAUCUUAAGGAAUUCCCAAAUCCCGUUUAGGAGGACGAGUGUAUCCGUUAUUUAUCAAGUAAAUAUCUAUCUCUCUUGUUCAGUGAUUUACUGUGUUACCUUUUACUGUUUGUUAUGUCGAGUUUCUUGGGAUUCUUGUGAUAAAAAAUAAUGAUUGAGAAAGCAUAGGCCAUUGGUCGUACACUUGGAGAACGAUCAUCAGUAAUGAGGGAAGCUUUACCAACACUUGAAAUAUUACAAACUCAUAUUCGCCGCAUAUGAUUGAAUUAAUUUAGUCAUAUGCAGGUGCUAGACCCGUAAGGAUUGCCAAGAUAUAAUAAGGUUAUAUUUCGUUACUGCACCACGACUGUUCACUCGCGUGGUGGGUGCUUGUUAUCGUUUGUCGACGUCAGUUGCGGCGUUGAAGCUUCAUGAUGUGGUAAUGAGCGACGUAACACCGGGUCAAGGCGGCAUGCCACCAUAACAUGCACAGUGUGUCAGUAUGAGCAGCUCCCUAGGACACCUACACGGUCAGCGCGUUAUGAGGUAACUGGCUGAGCUUCAAAAUCAGUAAAGCUUGACACUACACGUACGAAAGUCUUGCAUGCUAGUCACGCACGAGAGGCUCGAAUGCUAGCCACGCACCAGAGGCUGGUAUGGUAGCCACGGACGAGAGGCUGGCACGCUAGCCACGCACCAGAGGCUGGCACGCUAGCCACGCACAAGAGGCUGGCAUGCUAGCCACGGACGAGAGGCUGGCAUGCAGGCCACGCACGAGAGGAUGGCAUGCUAGCCGCGCACAAGAGGCUGGCAUCAAGGCACUAGUGUCAUGCACUCCAUCCACCGUGGAUGACGUCGUUUGUCUCGACCAUUAGCAGUGACAGCAGGAGCGCCAUUUGAAGUGUUGGAUGACCCUUAAACUGCGCUUCUCUUGCAACGUAAGUCGCUGUAAUUUGACGUCAGUAAAUAAUUCUUUCACUCCAUAGGUAUCCAAAAAUGAAUAUCAAAGUUAUUAUUUUCCGCCAUUGAAAUAUUUGACGUAAUCAUUUUAUUCGAAUUGACAGUUGCUGUAAUAUUUUAUUUUCCUACCUUUGGAUAGAAACCCACCAGAUAGGUUCUUAUCGUUACUAGUGAGAAGUCGUUGGUCUCCUGCCAGGAUCUUCCAGCUCAUUACGGUCUUAAUAAGCAAUGAGAGCUUUUUAUGGAUUAAAAUAAUUUCCUAAAGUUUUGUCAUAAUUCAGGGUGACGUAUGCCAGAGUUAAUUAAUUAGGCCCUCACAAGACCUCGAUAUUAUUCUUCGGUCUAAUGAGAUGUUUAUAAUUAAAGAUAAAAUUAGGAAUAUUUGGAAAAGAUUUUUUUUCUAAUAUAAGUGCGCAGAAUAUAUCAAAGAUUUUGUCUUCACUGAAUUCAUCCACUGAUACAAUGGGAUGUAUACACACACACACUAAUAUAUUUAUAUAUAUUUAUA